AUGGCCUUUCGCGGCAAUGGUGGCAGCAACAUGGCGAAUGGUAUGGCCAGUUCGGACAUAAUCAACUUCAUCGACAACCAACAGUUCCUAGAAUUGGUCUUAGGAAAGCAAUCUUAUGACUCCACCGAAGAAGAAAAAUGCAGUGUGAAUGAUCUCCUCCAGAUAACCAACAACAUAUUUGCCGAGGCCAUCCCACCAGUCAAGAAGGAUGGCGACACCAGAAAGGUUGGUAUGGGUGUCUCGGAAUCCAUUGUGCCAAGCAACAUUUCACAUCUGAUCAAAUGGAUCGGUUGUCAGAUGACAUGCGAAGUUAUGCACGGCAAAGAUCUGGAGGAGAGGUUGCUGGCGAUCUUCCUGAAGCUAUCAAGCUAUCGUCGGACCACCCAAGUCGCGUUGGUCCUCGCAGCCUUGGCUCUGCAAUACGGCGAAUUCUGGUACAUCUCCGAAGCUCCGUUCGCCCUGUCCACUGGCGUCUUGAAGGGCCUGAGCGCACUGAAGAAGAAGCUCAUAUCCGAUGAGAACAAGAAGGCGGCGAUAACACCUUUCAACAAGGUGGUCAACGACCUCUUGGAGUUGACCACUCGCUUGCUCGAUCUCUACAAGCUGGUGAAUGAGCGCGAUCGGAAGCCUGUGCCUGAAUUGGUAAAAACAGGUCGAACAAUACCCAGGUGGAGCUGCGAGACCAUCAUCACCAUCCUGGCCACUGGAAACUUUUUCGCUAGGCUCACGGAUGUCAAUUAUAAGUACUACCGCGGCUUCUUGGUUUAUCUAUCUGAUACUGCAUGA